AUGUCUUCCCGAAUCAUUGCUAUUAUCGGCGGUACUGGUGCUCAAGGCAUGCCGGUCGUUCGCGAUCUGGCCAAAUCCGGCUCCUACAAGAUCCGUGCUUUGACUCGCGACCGGAACAGUCCGCGAUUCAGAGACUUGCAGACGUGCGGGCCGCCAGGAACUGUAGAACCUGUCAUCGGCACCUUCGCUUCCGAAUCGUCACUUCGCGAGCUAUUUCGGGGUGUCUGGGGUGCCUUCAUCAAUAUUGACGGCUUCAACUGCGGAGAGAAGACUGAGAUGUACUGGUCUAUCCGGGCAUAUGAGCUAGCCAUCGAGGCAGGCGUUAAAUUCUACGUCUACGGCAGCCUUGUUUACGGCUACAAGGUCUCUGGGUUCCGGUCAGAAUAUCGCGCAGGUCAUAUCGACGCUAAAGGCCGUAUCGGCGAAUGGAUCCUGAAGCAAAACGACGAGAUCCGGCAGAAGCAUGGAAUGAGCUCCGCGCUGUUCUCCACGGCUCCCUACAUGGAGAUGACGAUCCACGCUGAUAUGCUUACGCCGCCUACCGUUGAGGAUGGUGUCGUUACUUGGCGCGUGCCGCUUGGUAAUGGUUCUGUACCUUUUGUUGCACUUGAGGACUGCGGAUAUUACGUUAAAUGGUUGUUCGACAACUAUGAGCGUGCUCAUGGUAUGAAUCUCGACGUCGCCAUUGACCAUAUUACCUACACAGAACUUGCGGCGGCAUUCCAAAGGGUCACUGGAAAGCCAGCACGUUACAUCGAUGUCAGUUUCGAUGAUUACUUCGCAACGAACCUUGCCGCAGAUGGACCGGUUGCCUACAAUGCCGAUCCAAACGAUCCAGCCACCAUGACACGUCGCGAAAAUUUUACAGGCUUCUGGAUGUUGUGGCGGGAUUCGCCCGAUAACAACGGUUUGGUCAAGAAGAACUAUGCAUUGCUCGAUGAAGUUCAUCCUGGUCGCAUUAGGAGUGCUGAACAAUGGUUUCGGAGAGAAGACCAACGUGGGAGAGAAAAGGGGUUUGGGAGCUUGUGGGAAAGGGUUCAGAAGGAAAGCCUUGUGACCGUCCUCAAGCUCUACGACGAUGGGGGAAAGGGGCUACUGUAA